AGUCUAUGUGGACCUUUUGCGCCAAACCCCAACCAGAACCCUAGCUCCCGCCGCCGCCGCCGCCGCGCUGUUCCGGGAUGGCCGGCGCCGCCGCGCUCCGGCGAUCCGCGCGCCGUGUCGUCCUGCCAGGCGCCUACGCCUUGUCCCGGGCGCUACAGCACCCUGAGCGCCUCCUCUCCUCCCAGGCUUCGCCGGACCGCGGCGGGGUGCUGGGUUCGGAGCUUGGGCUGUAUCCCCCGGAGAGGGUCAGGAACUUCUCCAUCAUCGCGCACGUCGACCACGGCAAGUCCACGCUCGCCGACCGGUUGCUGGAGCUCACCGGCACCAUCAAGAAGGGCCAUGGCCAACCUCAGUACCUCGACAAGUUACAGGUAGAGAGAGAGAGGGGAAUCACAGUCAAAGCACAAACAGCAACUAUGUUCUACAGACAUGCUAACAACCAACUUCCUGCAUCUGAUCAGCCAGAUGCUCCAAGCUAUUUGCUUAACUUGAUUGAUACUCCUGGGCAUGUGGAUUUCAGCUACGAAGUAUCCAGGUCGCUUGCAGCUUGUCAGGGUGCUCUUUUAGUAGUUGAUGCAGCCCAAGGUGUCCAAGCACAAACAAUUGCAAACUUCUACCUUGCAUUUGAGUCGAAUCUAAGCAUCAUUCCUGUUAUUAAUAAGAUUGAUCAGCCUACCGCUGAUCCAGAUAAUGUAAAGGCUCAACUGAAGAGGUUAUUUGACAUUGAUCCAAGUGAAGCUCUGCUAACUUCAGCUAAAACUGGUCAGGGCCUUAGCCAGGUCUUGCCUGCUGUUAUUGAGCGGAUUCCUUCCCCACCUGGAAAAUGUGAUUCACCUGUACGCAUGCUUCUCUUAGAUUCAUACUAUGAUGAGUAUAAAGGGGUGAUAUGCCAUGUUGCUGUUGUGGAUGGUGCUCUCCACAAAGGAGAUAAGAUUGCAUCUGCCGCAACUGGUCGCACAUAUGAAGUCCUUGAUGUGGGCAUUAUGCAUCCAGAGCUUACUCCUACCGGUGUGCUUUACACUGGACAAGUUGGAUAUGUCAUAAGCGGAAUGCGUUCAACUAAAGAAGCACGAAUUGGUGAUACUCUUCAUCAAGCAAAGAGUAUUGUCGAACCACUUCCUGGUUUCAAGCCUGCUAGACACAUGGUCUUCUCUGGUCUAUACCCAGCUGAUGGCUCUGACUUUGACGCUCUUAGCCAUGCAAUUGAAAAACUAACAUGUAACGAUGCGAGUGUGUCUGUUACAAAAGAGACAAGCACUGCACUUGGCAUGGGCUUCAGAUGUGGCUUUCUAGGAUUACUACACAUGGAUGUAUUUCAUCAGCGGCUAGAACAAGAACAUGGAGCUCAAGUCAUAUCGACAAUACCGACAGUGCCAUAUAUCUUUGAGUAUGGUGAUGGAAGCAAAGUGCAAGUCGAGAACCCUGCAGCUUUGGCUUCAAAUCCUGGAAAGCGUAUAGCAGCUUGUUGGGAACCAACAGUCAUUGCAACUAUUAUUAUUCCUAGUGAGUAUGUUGGGCCAGUAAUUAUGCUUUGUUCAGAGAGGAGGGGCGAGCAGCAAGAAUAUACAUUCAUUGAUGCCCAAAGGGCUUUGUUGAAGUACCGAUUACCAUUGAGGGAAAUCAUUGUGGAUUUCUACAAUGAACUGAAAAGCAUAACAUCUGGAUAUGCUACUUUUGAUUAUGAAGAUUCUGAGUACCAACAGUCUGAUCUUGUUAAGAUGGAUAUUUUACUUAAUGGUCAGCCUGUUGAUGCUAUGGCAACAAUAGUCCACAACCAGAAAGCUCAGAGAGUUGGACGAGAAUUAGUGGAUAAACUCAAGAAAUUCAUAGAACGGCAAAUGUUUGAGAUCACUAUACAAGCCGCAGUUGGUUCAAAGGUUAUCGCAAGGGAAACUCUGUCAGCAAUGAGAAAGAACGUUCUGGCCAAGUGCUAUGGUGGUGAUAUUACUCGCAAAAAGAAGUUGCUAGAGAAGCAAAAAGAAGGGAAGAAGCGCAUGAAGCGUGUAGGGUCCGUUGAUAUUCCUCAAGAAGCAUUUCAUGAGCUAUUAAAGGUCUCCAAUUCAAAAUAGAUGCUGUGCUUAGUGCUGUAGCUGUCUAACAGCAUGAGGGUGUGUUGUGGUGAAACACAAACAGCAUGUUCUGGACUUCUAGUCAUCUUCUGAAAGGUGCCUUUUGGUCUAAUGAGUACAUAAUGAUGUUUCUUAAUGAUAAGAGGAGACAAAGCACCAUUUUGCCAUCUUUUGCUGUGGCAACAUAUUUUCAUGUUGAGAAGCUAGCAUUACCUUUUGUUUUUCAUUGAUUUUCACUGUACAGAAUUCGGUGAUGCCUGCUGAAUCAGCAGUAGCGUCGGCUUACCCUUCUGAUUCCUUAAUUGGCACAGCCAUUUAGCUGAAUCUCAUUUCUUUGUUCAAAUUAUGUUAAGAACUUUUUGGGAGGAAAAUAUUCCAGAGAUAGUAAGUCCUUUUUUUUUGGGCAAUGUUAAAUAAUUGGGUAUUUCCCUUUGAGCUUCUCUAGUUCUGUUUAAUGCAAUUUUGUAAUUUUGUAA